UUUCAAACUCAGACAUCAAUAUUCAUUCAGCGUCAUGGAAGCCUACAUUCGACCUCUGUCGGUCCGUGAUCUGGACCAGUGCGUUACUGUUGAGACUACAGCUUUCCCGCCAGAGGAGGCAGCGUCUCGUGAGAAGAUUGAAUACCGGUUGUCUACGUUCCCAGAGAUUUGUUUUGGGCUCUUCCUCCGAGGAGAACUCAGUCAGCCCGCCAAAUUACCGGAUAGCAUUUCCUACCUUGCGGAGGCGCCAGUAUCUGAGGAUGCCAAACUUGUUGCUCACACUCUAGCUACGAAGUCGGCUAGCCGGGUUGUGAGAGAUAAGGAUAUGGAGAUGCCCAGCGCGUGGAAGACCAAUCCUCAAGCUGGGUCUGAGCUGGGUCAUGACCCAAACGGCAGAACCAUCGCGCAGCACGCGCUCGCUGUCUCGCCAGGUUACCAAAAUGCUGGCCUAGGCAAGGCUAUAAUGAGGUCUUACAUCACUCGCAUGAAAGAGGCCGGCCAAGCAGACAGGAUUUCACUCUUGGCGCAUGAUACCCUCGUCCCUUACUACGAAAGCCUCGGAUUCACAAACCUCGGCAAGAGUGAGUCGGCCUAUGCUGGAGCUACGUGGUACGAUCUGGCCUACGAGUUUUCUCCCUCUUCUGCCGCAUCCGCGUAAGGCAAUCACGGGCUUAAUCCUGAGUCACUACGUAGAACCAUGACUACAUGUCUAUACUACGAAUGGUGCUACCAGGCUAGUCUAGAUGAUAGAUCUCUGUAAAAUCUACGAUAAAAUAGUGCUAAGAACGACUACCAGGUAGUAAAAGAGACAUGUAAAGAAAACGAAGACCCAAAAAUGUUCACUGAUCACUGAACAUGACAUACGUAUGUAGGACUAUAAUAGAAAUUUUUCACCAAGAUCUUGAUUCUAAAUCAUCAGGAUCAAGCAUAACAGUAUCCUCGCAUCUCAUAACUGUCUGUUCUCUGAAUUCUCUAAUUAAAUUAUACCUUUGUUUUUCUGAUUUUCAGGUUUCU